GACAAUAUACCCCCUCUCCGUCGCGAUACCCGCCCCUCUGGCGCGAUUUGACCCAGUCUCAAAGUAUCAGACUUCCCGGAAGAUAGAAUACGUAAUUCGAAUCGAGCCUCGCUCAAUUGAUCUUUGAUCCAAUCCAUCCGUCACGCUCACGAAAGCUUCGACCGAAUCCCGCAAAAAUCCUUUUGGAUCAUCGACCUUUCGUCUCACAACCAUGACUACUCCCCAAUUCUGGUCGACUCCUCUCCGGUACCUCCGCUGGGCCUCGCAUGAGAAGCCAGCGAUCUUCUACUCCUUGGUCGUUGGAGCGACAGGUCCUCUCAUGCUGGUCACCCUUCCCCCCAUCAGACGGUUCUUCGGUGAUGUUGACCCGGAGCCUAUUCCAUUGACCUAUCCCUUUCCCCAGGGACCACGGAACAUCCCGCAAGGCUACGAUGACGAAUAGAUAUCUCAAAGGGAGGACGAGCGAAACUGAUUUGACUUGCUAGGAUGCUCUUCACUGGGGAAACUCGAACAGCAAUAGUAUCGGACGUGCACUUUGUCGGGCGCUGAUUACCGACGGUCCAUUACCGGGGCUGCGUCAAUCGGAAGUGCUUGCGGGUUAUCAUCUUUUAUAUUGAGCAACCAACGCAGAGCCCUUCAGGCCAUUUACCUGCCACCAGAUGUCUUCAUACUCGUGAAAACCCCUUGUUGAGCUUGACAGUACGAGUGCAGCGGUGUAUUGUACAUGAAAAUGAUUUUAGAGCGCAGACACAUCCAUUUUCGUUUGAACUUACUUCUUUACUUCUGCGCAUAUUCGCAUCUCCUUGGAAUUCCGGCUUCAUAUUACAGGCUUAAUUACGUUCCUCUUAG